AUGUCAACACCGGACACCGCUAAUGCUGCUUACAAUGUGAUACCAAAUCUUCUCUUUCUGCUUCGCCACACUGACGAUGUUGCUGCUGCCUAUCUCUGCACAGCCAGCGCGAUACAAAUCUCCAAGACAUUAGAGGAAGGCGCACAUUUCUGCGGUUAUCGCAACGUCCAGAUGAUACUCGCUGCGCAGGAACACGAAACGGGGGCCGCAAACAUUAAAAUUCCCACUAUCUCAGAUCUCCAGAUUAAGAUCGAGGACGCCUGGAAAGCUGGAAUUAACCCUCAUGGCAUGGCACAAACUGGAGGUAUCCGUGGCACUAGGAAACACAUUGGCACUUCAGAGGCUGAGGCCCUCCUUCUGAGUUUAGGGAUUCCUUGUACAGGCAGCGCAUUCCAUGGUAAACACGCAUGGCAGCAGUUGCUCGACUACACCGAAGCGUACUUUUCCACUUCUUUCGACCCAUCAGUGAAGAUGAGUGGAUCACAGGAAGCUCAUCUGACAAAUAAGUCGCCAAUCUUCUUGCAGCGCCCUAGCCAUUCUCUCACUAUUGUCGGCAUGAUCAGGUUCAGGUCCGGAAAACGAGGAAUUUUGACGUUCGAUCCUGCGUGGCAGACUCCUUCGCUGAUGAGGAAGCCAUUGAGUGCAAGCCAACAUCGAGCCUGGAAGUUGAAGUGGUUGCUAAAGCAAUAUACUAAGAGCGAGCGAUACCUCAAACGAUACCCUGCGUUCGAGACUCUGAUCAUCGAGCGCCAAGGCUAG